AUGUCGACCCUCUCGGAGCCCCGUCGCCCUCGCCUCCUCGCCCAGAACCGCAAGCUGCGUCAUCUAAAGGGGCUCUGGUUGCGUAACCUCAGCUUCGUACCACCCAACCUCCGCACCACCGAUGACGCCCUCGUGGGCAGCAGCGGCAUUGGCAUUGGCAGCGCCGGCGGCGCCAGCUCACGUCUCCGCAGACCGUCUCGUCUCGAGGCAGUCCACGAGUCCACAGGGGACCAGACGUCCUCCCGGCUGCAGCAGUCGCGCAGCUCCGAGAACCUGCGGACAGGUGGUCUGGGUGGACCCCACGCCGCUGCGACCACGGCUGCCUCCUCCGAGGCACUGGCACUACGACCGCUCCCGCGGAGGAGAAGCCUGAGCAUAGGCUCCUUGUCGCAGAACACACCGGCCUCGAGACAAAAGGUUCUCGAGGAGCUCGCCGAUACCUCGGUGGGAGAUGCGUUUUUCUCGCUGCACGUAGACGGCCAGGAUGAGCCCGUGUAUGUGAGCGAGGUGCGGCAUCGGUCGACGAACUUCAACUUUUCCUUCUUCGACCUGGGCGACGAAGCCGCCCACAUCUCGCGCGCGUGCCAGCUGACCAUCCGCGUGUGGGCUCGACGGCCCAAGGGCGCUGCGUGGCUGUUCAUCAUGGAGGAGGCCAUGGACCUGCGGCGACUCAACUUCAUCGGCACGCUCCUUAACCGGCGGUUCCCCGAGAACGCUCUGGUUUUCCACCUCGAAGACGGCGUGUAUUCUGUCGACUUCCCGAACCGCGUGUCGGAGCCGAGGCAGGCGCCGCCUCCCAUGGCGACGCCGCCGUUCAACACGCUCAUGAAGCUGGCCAACCUCGAGAGCUCCAUCGACGACGCUGUCGAGACGCGCGUCCGCAUCAUGCGCCAGAUCAACCAGAUCCUCGAGAGCGUGCCGCCCGACAGGUCCGACGCAGCCGACGACCAGGCCAAGCUCGCGGAGCGAUACGUGGCGUGGCAGCAAAAGGCUAACCGGUUCGCACGGCGGCGUCGCGAUGACCUGCACUCGUCGCUGCGCAGCCGGCGUGAGGCCAUCGCCAGGGGCCGCGAGCUUGAGGCGCGCGCCGCCCGGGACAUGGCCGACAGCCGCAGCAAGCUCGUCACGGACGCCGAUCUGGCCGAGCAGACGCAGCGCGAGAUCCACGGCCAGCGCCGGCGCAUCUGCUCCGACCUGUGCGACAUCUUCCCCAUCACGCCUGUUCCCGAUGCACCGCCCUUGUCGUUCGAGAUAUGCGGCGUCCCGCUGCCCAACUCGGUCUACGACGCCGCCACCGCCCGCAGCCUCAACGAGGACGUGCUCUCGGCCGCCCUGGGCCUGGUGGCCCUGGCCGUGCACCGCUUGCAGUUCUACCUGGGCUGUCCCCUGCCCUACCCGGUCAACCCGCUCGGCUCGCGCUCCCAUAUCCGCGACGACAUAUCCCAGCUCGCCGAGCACGGGGCCUCACCGCGCCGCGACUUCCCCCUCCACCUGCCGCGCGGCGGAUCCACCACAAACCAGUGGCGGUUUGAGUACGGCUGGUUCCUGCUGAACAAGGAUAUCGAAGCCCUCUGCGCAGCUCAGGGUCUCCGCGUCGUGGAUAUCCGCCAGACCCUCCCCAACCUAAAGUACCUCCUGUACGUGUGCAGCGCGGGGUCAGACCAGGUUCCCGAGCGGAAGAAGGGCGGCGUGCGCGGUCUGUGGCGUGGCCGUCUCGAUGAUACCAGCAUCAGACAUCACCGCCACUCACCGUCGUCACCCGUGCCGUCCUCGCCCUCAGCCUCACUUCUGUCGCCCACCGAGACGAGCACCACUGCUGUCAGCCUCGACGGCGGCGGCAGUAGUCCUCGUGGAAGCAUAGACAGCGACAUGAUCAGCCAGAACGGAGAUGCCGUACGGAACGCACUACUGGCGCCAGGCUUGCCGUUUGCCCAGGGUGACGCCAAGUUUACGCUGCGUACCAGCGGCUUACGGGAGAAUGUUGUCUGA